UGCUCGCCUGUGCGCCGCUGCCCGGUGUCACCUCGUUGUCCGUCCGGCGCGCCGUUGCCCGCCGCUCGGUGCUCAGCCCGGGGAUGCUGCCCGCCGCCGCAGAGAUGGAGUUGGAGCACAAACACGGCGAAGUGUCGGACGGAGUUUGAGACAAAGGGAGCGGGGCUUUAGCGUCAGAUUGUCCGGCUCGCCUCGCCGCUGGAUGGGUGUUCGUCGAAACUUAAGGUCGUGAAUCUAACAUCCCGGGCGAAGAUGAAGCUGCUGAAGCCGAGCUGGGUGAGCCACAACGGCAAACCCAUAUUUUCAGUCGACAUCCAUCCUGAUGGGACUAAAUUUGCAACCGGUGGCCAAGGGGAGGAUUCGGGGAAGGUGAUGAUCUGGAACAUGGCGCCGGUCCUCAGAGAGGAGGAUGAGAAGAACGAGAAUGUUCCCAAAAUGCUUUGCCAGAUGGACAAUCACCUAGCCUGUGUGAACUGUGUGCGCUGGUCCAACAAUGGCUUGUAUCUGGCCUCGGGCGGUGACGACAAGCUGGUCAUGGUGUGGAAACGAGCUGCAUUCAUCGGUCCGAGCACGGUGUUCGGGUCCAGCAGCAAGCUGGCCAACGUGGAGCAGUGGAGGUGUGUCACCAUCCUGAGGAACCACACUGGAGAUGUGAUGGACGUGGCGUGGUCUCCUCACGACGUCUGGCUCGCCUCCUGCAGCGUCGACAACACCAUCGUAAUCUGGAACGCUCGCAAAUUCCCAGAGAUGGUGACCUGCCUGCGAGGACACACCGGCCUGGUUAAAGGCCUGACAUGGGACCCGGUGGGGAAGUACAUCGCCUCGCAGGCCGACGACCACAGCCUCAAAGUGUGGAGGACGGUGGACUGGCAGAUGGAGGCCAACAUCACCAAACCCUUCAGCGAGUGCGGUGGUACGACCCACGUCCUGCGUCUGUCCUGGUCUCCAGACGGUCAGUACCUGGUGUCGGCCCACGCCAUGAACAACUCCGGACCCACGGCUCAGAUCGUGGAGAGGGACGGCUGGAAGACCAACAUGGACUUCGUGGGCCACCGUAAAGCCGUCACCGUGGUGAAAUUCAACCCAAAGAUCUUCAAGAAGAAGCAGAAGAACGGCAGCUCUCCUAAACCCAGCUGUCCAUACUGCUGCUGCGCCGUCGGCAGCAAAGACCGGUCGCUGUCCGUCUGGCUCACCUCGCUGAAGCGCCCUCUGGUGGUCAUCCACGAUCUCUUCGAUAAAUCCAUCAUGGACAUUUCCUGGACUCUGACCGGUCUGGGGAUGCUGGUGUGUUCGAUGGACGGCACCGUGGCCUACCUGGACUUUUCCCUGGACGAGCUGGGAGACCCGCUGAGCGAAGACGAGAAGAACACCAUCCACCAGAACAUCUACGGUAAGAGUCUGGCCAUCACCAGCACCGAGGCCCAGCUCUCCACCACCAUCAUCGAGAACCCAGAGAUGCUCAAGUACCAGCAGGAGCGGCAGAACUCGGCCCAGGCCAACGCCGGACCGGGCGGCGCCGGGCCCGAGUCCUCGGCACCCAAACUGAACAGCGUGAUGAACGGGGAGUCUCUGGAGGACAUCAGGAAGAACCUUUUGAAGAAGCAGGUGGAGACGAGGACGGCGGACGGCCGGCGACGGAUCACGCCGCUCUGCAUCGCUCAGCUGGACACCGGGGAUUUCUCUCCGGCUCUGUUCAACAGCGUUCCCAUCCUGCCGUCGGGUUCGUCCAUGUCCAGCCAGCUCACCAACCAGCUCAGCUCCGACUCCAGCCCGGGACAGCUGAGGCCGAGCCACGACGCCAUGCUCACCUCUCCUCCUGCCAACAGCGCCGCCAAGGGGCUGGAGGACAACAACGACGGCGUGAAGUCCAGCCUGCUGCUCACUUCUGCCUCCAAGAUCGAGCCGAUGAAAGCUCUGGACUCCAGGUUCACGGAGAGGUCGAAGGCCACGCCGGGGGUCACGGCCGCCAUCUCCUCCACCGCCGGGCUCACGCCUCUGGACAGCAGGCCGAAGGACGCCCUCUCUGCCCUGAAAGACGCCAAAACCAAAGAGGAGACCAGCAGCGACAGCGAGGACAAGAUGGCCGCCAUCAACAAGAACCUGGCGUUCGGGAAGAGGAAACCCGAGCUGCUGCUGGACGGAGGAGAGGUGGUGGAGAAGAGGAAGAAGGGACGGCCCAGGAAAGACAAGGUGGCCGCCAGCAUCCCCCAACCGUUCCCCCAGGUAACUCCUCCAGCAGAACGUGAAGCCAGCAGGGUCUCGGCUCCUCCAGCUCCAAUCGCUGUUCUCAAACUACCAACGCCGAGCACAAAGAAGGCCUUCAGUCUGCAGGUGAGCAUGGAGCCGUCGGUGUUCCUGGAGGUGGAGAACGAGGUGUCGGUGGUCGCCGGGUCCAAGCUCAGUCAGCUGAGAUGCUCCAGAGACGGUCGGGACUGGAACACUCUGCUGCCCAGCUCAGUGGUCACGGCUGCAGGCAGCAGUGACGUCCUCGCCGUCGCCUGUGAGGACCGGAUGUUGUCGGUGUUUUCCUCGUGUGGUCGGCGGCUCCUCCCCUCCAUCCAGCUCUCCACGCCGGUGUCUGCGCUGCAUUGCUCCGCCCACUUCGUCAUGGUUCUGACCGCCGGGGCGACGCUUUCCGUCUGGGAUGUUCAUAAACAGAAGGCUCUGGUGAAGAACGAGUCCCUGCUGACCAUCUUAUCUGGUGCCGACACCUCAGUGUCUCAGUCUCUGCUGACCCAGCAGGGAGUCCCGGUCAUCGGACUGUCCAACGGGAAGUCGUACUGCUUCAGCUCCUCCCUGGAGACCUGGACUCUGAUAGCAGAUAAAGGAGACUCUCUGGUCCAGUGUGCCGACUUCAGGAGCUGCCUGCCUACCCACGAUGCACCUGUGUCUUCAGGACCGCUGGCCGUCAUGCAGGGACGCAACCUCAACGCCGGUCGGCUGGCGUCACGACUCUCCUCCACGCCUCAUCAUCUGCAGCAGAGCAUGACGUUGGCCUUCCUGGAGAACCAGCUGGCGUCGGCUCUGACGCUGCAGUCGGCGCAGGAGUACCGAUACUGGCUGCUCAUCUACGCCCGGUUCCUCGUCAACGAAGGUUCAGAGUAUCGUCUCAGAGAACUCUGUAAGGAGCUGCUGGGUCCCGUCCACAAAUCAGCAGCGACGUCCUGGGAGCCGACAACUCUGGGUCUUCGUAAACGGGAGCUGCUGCGGGAAGUUUUACCCGUCAUCGGCGAAAACCUGCGAUUCCAGAGACUCUUCACCGAAUACCAAGACCAGCUGGAGCUGCUGCGCAACAAAUAACACAAACAGACUCGCACAAAAACACACAAACGGGCCGACACCGGCUCGAAUCGCUGCCCGGACUUGACAAACACGACCCGAGUGUUUCAGAACUUUAGCCGCUUUUCUGGCCGUCACUCACCGAGAAGUUUCUGUUUUUUCAGUUUGAACUUUUGUCUUUUUAUUUUUCUUUCCUUCAAUAUAAAUGUGCUUUCUCUGGCCUAUGCACCUCCUCCUGCCCUCCCAAUUAUGAAAUUAAACACUGAAGAGAGACGCUGAUCUGGAGGUUUGGUUCUGUAGCUUCAGAAUCUCAGAGAUGAAAAUAAGAAUCGGACGUAAAACGGAGCAAUAUGUUGGUACCAAAGUGAUCCAGAGGAGGGUUUAUGCAGCCGGAGGUGGUUCUUCUGGAGCCAAAAUGUGAAAGAAAGAUGAUUUAACUCAGACAAACACUCGACUACAGGAGGGAAUUCUGGGAAAUGGAGUCACAAGGGAUGAAACAAAGCUUCUUAAAUGGCACUUGUUACAGAAAAAUGUGCACAAACAAAGAAAAAGCACAAAUUUUGGGCUUUCAGAGCCUGAUCUGUUUUGUGGUUCUCUGUCUGCAAAAUGUGCAAAACUACCUGAUUUGUGGCUGUUCAUUCUGGAUUUAAUCUCUAAAUGUGGUGCGUUUAGCCAACGAUAACCUCAAAAAGUCAUUUUUGUGCAUCUGAGGAAUCAGCCAAAAACCACAAAAACACCUUAACAUGAUGCCAGAGUAAAUAAGACAAGUAGAAAACCGAUUCCAGACGCUGAUUAGAAACAGUCGACACCUCUAAAAUCAACCAGAUCAAACGUUUUGCAGAUGAUGUUGGAUUAUACAUAUUUAAUAUCGAUCAUGGAAAGUCAGAUUAAAUCAUAUUUGAUGAGUUCUUGUCAGCGGCGUGGCUACAAGACGCAACUAUAGGUCAAAAAAAUCUCAUUUUUCUUACUCCUCUGGAUAAAUGUGUCUUAUAAUCAUGUUGGAUCCGAUCAGAGAAGCGUUUUCCGUUUGUUCUUUUGUAAAUAAGCUGAAAGUAAUCGUGAAAAGAACACAACCAGGACUUUUUAAAGCUGCGAUUCUCUUCGUGUUUCUCUGCCAAAACCACUUGGAGGAAACCAGGACUAAAGGGAGGAGAGUUUAGUCAUUGUGUCUGUUAGCAGGUUUCACAUUGAGUUUUAUUCCGAUUCUUUUCCCUCUUGGUUCAUUUCUCUUGUUUUUUGUUUUAUUUUGAUGUUAGUUGUUUUUUUUUUAUGUUUCUAAAAUGUUUAUUUUGUUGUUUUGGAUUUUCUAUAAGAAAAAGAAAAAAAUGAGCAGCUGAAAUUUUGCUUUGGAAGAAGAAAGUGAAAAUUAAACUAAUGAGGAACA